AUGGAAAAGGCUCGUACGAGUAAAUCAGACAAACGCGUGGCUUGGCUCGAUAUAUCGAACGCCUUUGGUGCAAUCCCGCACUUAACUUUGGAAGCGGCCAUUGAGAGGUGUGAAGCAGGACAAGGGUUUCUCGAGAUCGUUCGGAACAUAUACCAAGGUGCAACCUCCGCAAUUAGUGUUGCAGAAGGGAAGACAAGCGACAUCCCUGUCAUGUCGGGCACCAGACAAGGCUGCCCACUCAGCGGCCUUUUAUUUAUCCUGGCAAUAGAUCCAAUAGUCUCCGCAUUGCAAGGCACCAACGCAGACCACUGCGUACUCGCUUUUUCCGAUGAUCUAUGCCUCCUACCCGACAGCCCUACUGAACUCCAAAACGCGAUAGAGUCGGCCCAAUCUCGCCUUGGAUGA